AUGCGGAUUGUCACAGGCGUCUCCCCCGUCGCCGGCGCCGUCAUCGGCCCCGCCCACGUCAUCCGGGAGCACGUGACCGUCAACCGGCAGCUGGGCGUGCCCGUGGCGCAGCCCGUGCCCGUCCCCGUCACCAGGAACAUCCCAGUGCCCGUGCCGCAGCCCGUGCCCGUGGCUGUGGACCGGCCGUACGCCGUGGCCGUGCCGCAGCCCCACCCGGUGCCGGUGGACCGGCCGUACGCCGUGCCCGUGGACAGGCCCGUGCCCGUGCCGCAGCCCUACGCCGCGCCCUACGCCGUGCCCUACAACGUGCCCUACCCCGUGCCCCACGCCGUGCCCGUCCCCUACGUGCGCCAGGUGGCCGUGCCCGUCCCCAAGCCCGUGCCGGUGCCCGUCGUCCACGACACCCCAGUGGCCGUCGCCGCCCACGGCCACUUGUCCAGCUCCUCGCUGAGCGUCCCGGCCGAUGAGCACGCGUGGUGA